AAAAGCGAAAGCAAUGAAACGACUUGUGGUAUAAAUGAAAAACAUAACCACAAAAGUAAUGCAAAUUCAUUGAGAAGUCGUAUUGUGCCUGCGCGUCUGCUAAGACAAUAAUAUAAGGAUACAAUUUGCUGUCAAAUGCAAAAGCAAUGAAAUGACUUGUGGUAUAAAUGAAAAACAUAACCACAAAAGUAAUGCGAUUUCACUGAGAAGUCGUAUUGUGCCUGCAUCUGCUGACAAUAAUAUAGCGAUACAUUUAGCUGUCAAAAGCAAGAGCAAAGAAACUCCUUGUGUCAUACAUAAGAAAGAUAACCACAAAAGUAAUUCGUAUUCAUUGAGAAGUCUUACUGUGCCUGUGUCUGCUGACAAUAAUAUAGCGAUACAAUUAGCUGUCAAAAACAAAAGCAAUGAAACUCCUUGUGUUAUAAAUAAAAAGAUAACCACAAAAGUAAUGCAUAUUCAUUUAGAAGUCUUAUUGUACCUGCGUCUGCUGACUAUAAUAUAGCGAUACAAUUAGCUGUCAAAAGCAAAUGUAAUGAAACUCCUUGUGGUAUACAUGAAACCGAUAAGCNCAAAAGUAAUGCGAAUUCAUUGAGAAGUCUUACUGUGCCUGUGUCUGU